CGGCAGCGAAGGCCAGGCCUGGUGGCAGCCGGUGCCCAGCACGGCCAUGGCAGCCAGACACGGGCUGGGCAGGGCCUGGGCCGGCUGCAGCCUGCAGGGCCGGAGGCUGGCUCACGCCGGGGCCAGGCGCCAGCUGCAGCGGGAGUACGACGCUGUGGUGAUAGGGGGAGGGCACAACGGGCUGGUUGCAGCUGCCUACCUGCAGAAGUCGGGCGUGCGGACAGCCGUGCUGGAGCGGCGUCACCUGCUGGGAGGUGCCGCGGUCACAGAGGAGAUUGUCCCAGGCUUUAAGUUCUCCAGAGCGUCCUACCUGCUCAGCCUGCUGCGGCCGCGGAUCUCCACAGAGCUGGAGCUGCAGAGGCAUGGUCUGAGGGUGUACACCCGCGACCCCUACUCCUUCACCCCCGUGCUGGAGGAUGGACAAGCCUGGCGCUCGCUCCUGCUGGGCCACGACAUGGUGGAGACCCAGCGGCAAAUCGCUCAGUUCUCCUCCAAGGACGCACAGGCCUAUCCAAAGUACGAGGCGUUCCUGAGCCGCUUGGUGUCGGCCCUCGACCCGCUGCUGGACGCCGCACCGGUGGACCCCGCCGCCUGGAGCCAGGGCCCCCUGCUGCAGCGGCUCCGCGCCCUGCGAGGCCUGCAGCCCCUGCUGCGGGCGGGCCUGGCGCUGGGGAAGCAGCUGCCGCAGUAUUACCAAGUGCUCACGGCCCCAAUCACCAGGAUUUUGGAUCUCUGGUUCGAGUCGGAGCCCUUGAAAGCGACCCUGGCUACGGAUGCAGUGAUCGGCGCCAUGGCCAGUCCCCACACGCCCGGCAGCGGGUAUGUGCUGCUGCACCAUGUGAUGGGCGAGCUGGAGGGGCGGAAGGGGGCCUGGGGCUACGUGGCAGGCGGCAUGGGAGGGGUGUCCCAGGCCAUCGCCGGCGCAGCUGCUGCCCACGGGGCAGACAUCUUCACCGAGAAGCCGGUCGCCCGCGUGCUGCUGGGCCUACGCGGGGAGGCGCAGGGGGUCGUCCUGCAGGACGGGACCGAGGUGAAGAGCAAACUGGUUCUGUCCAAUGCGUCUGCUCAGCUCACGUUCCUGCAGCUCGUUCCCCCGGAGCAGGUGCCGGAGGAGUUCCUCCAGCACGUGGCGCAGCUCGACACGCGCUCCCCCGUCACCAAGAUCAACGUGGCUGUGGAUCGGCUGCCCAGCUUCCUGGCUGCGCCCAACGCCGGUGCUGGCCGCCCGCUGCCCCAUCACCAGUGCUCCAUCCACCUGAACUGCGAGGACACGGACCUCCUCCACCGCGCCUUCCAGGAGGCCAGCAGUGGGGAGCCUUCCACCAGGCCCAUGAUCGAGCUGUGCAUCCCCUCAGCUCUGGACCCCACGCUGGCCCCCCCGGGCUGCCACGUGGUCUCUCUCUUCACGCAGUACACCCCAUACGCGCUGGCUGGCGGGCGGCCGUGGGACGAGCAGGAGCAGAACGCGUACGCAGACAGGGUGUUUGACUGGGUCGAGGCCUACGCGCCAGGCUUCAAGGCAUCCGUCGUUGGCAGAGACAUCCUG